CAACACCCACUUGAAUUGCGUCGGCUGGCCUGAGUGAUCUCGAGACUUCUCUUCUGUAGUUGAUCCAUUCUUGCCUUGCCACCUGAGACGAUUCAAUUUUGAGAAGAGGAGAAUAACUAUGCGUUACUCACUCGCUGCCGCUCUCCUCGCGGCCUCCCAAACAGCCGCCCAGUCUGUCGUCGGCACUGCCUACGGCUUCGCCAACGGCGUGACAGGCGGUGGCGACGCGGAGGCUGUCACGGUCUCCAGCGUGGACGAACUCGCCAAGCUCCUUGCUGACGACACUGCCCGCACCAUCGUCAUCAACGGCGAGCUCGACUUCACCGGCACGUCUGCUACAGGCGCAGGCUGCGACCGCAAGUCCUGCUCCGCAAGCAACGGUGGCCAGCUGUACCUUGGCGACCUGUCAUGUGGUGGUUCUGACAAUGUCGCUGUCAGCUCCAUCACGUACGACGCCGCUGGUCCCGAGCCCCUGAAGGUCGGGUCCAACAAGUCCAUCCUGGGCAACGGGAAGGGUGUGCUUAUUGGUAAGGGCCUCGAGCUCGCGGAUGGCGCGUCCAACGUCAUCAUCCAGGGUUUGGAGUUCAAGAACAUCAACCCUGGUGUUGUCUGGGGUGGCGACGCGCUCGGGUUCAAAGGGAACAACGACGGCGUCUGGGUCGACCACAACAAGUUCAGCCUCGUGGGCCGCAUGUUCAUCGUCAGCCACUACGCGCCCACGCGGCUGACGAUUUCCAACAACGAGUUCGACGGCACAACGACCACGUCUGCGUCCUGCAACGGGAACCACUACUGGACGAUGAUGUUCUACGGCGACGGCGACCAGGUCACCCUCGACAAGAACUACUACCACAACGUCGCCGGCAGGGCCCCCAAGCUCGGUGAGGACGGCACAACGGGCACGUUCCACGCCGUCAACAACUUCUUCUCCAACAUGAAGGGCCAUGCCUUCGACGCUUACCAGGGCGCCUCCGCGCUGAUCGAGGGCAACGUCUUCGAAGCCGUCAGCCAGCCCAACACUGACAAGGCCGCGGGCUCAUCCACCUUGUACACCGUGCCCGACGCGUCUGCCGCGAGCGCGUGCUCCAGCGCUCUUGGCCGCGCGUGCGAGGUCAACAGCGUGGAUGCGUCGUCUGGCAAGCUUGCUGCACUCAAGGCAAACAGUGUGCUCAGCACCUUCAGCAAGAUCAAGGACGUCCUCGUCGAGCCGCUGGCCGCGAGCGAAGUCGCUGCUCACGUCAAGGCUAAUGCGGGACCUGCCGGUCUGGCGUCGGCUGGAACUACGCCAUCCAAAGUCGUGGGCGAUGAAGCUACGGCCAGUUCUACUGCCCCCACUGCUCCUGUCUCGAGCUCUGUCGAGGACGUUCCUGCUGCUACGUCAAAAGCUGCUGCUACGUCAAAAGCUGCUGCUCCCGUUGCGUCGGAGAAGCCUGCUGCAUCCAGCCCAGUUGCUGCCCAGCCCACACCCACUCCCUCCACCGGCUCAGGCUCAGGUUCAGGGUCGUCUUCUGGCACCGUCGCCGCCUACGGCCAAUGCGGCGGUAAAGGAUUCACCGGCGCAACGAAGUGCGUUAGCGGAUACACAUGCAUCAAGCAGAACGACUGGUACUCGCAAUGCAUUGCCGCGAGUGCGAAGUUCAGGCGGAACUUUGGGCCUUUUGCGAAGAAGCGCUGAGAGACGCGGAACGAUGUAUUGAGAGAGGGGCAGGAUUGUAUUCGACUGUAGAUAUCUUUUGUAAGAGACUUUGAUAUGUAUAUACACUACCUACACGGGGCUGUUACGGCCACCGGAGGCAAUUUGUUGUGUUGCCGUACGCUAUGGCUGUGGAUAUAUGCAGUGACUUCCGACUCGUGAGAUGUCAUGUCGAUGCUUUGAAGCCUGCGUUCAGGUACUUCAACUUCAGAAGUGUG